GUCACCACUGCAAAUAGAAAUUUGUUAAGUGAAGGCCAAGAAGGCGCGGGUCGUCUUUUUGUACGCAGUGGUGACGCCUUAUAUCUCGAGUUUGAAAAUUUAUCAUUUUUUUCAUAUAUUUUAUCUCUAAUUUAUUAUAAAAUGGCAACUGAAGUAGCUACAAAUCCAGAAAUUCCUUACGUAGGAGCAGUUGAAAAUGGUUUAGUACCUGGAAAAAUGGUAAGAAUUCGGGGUAAAGUCCCUGCAAAUGCAGUGCGGUUUGCUGUUAAUUAUCAAUUGGGACCGAUAUUAAAUCCAAGAGAUGAUAUAGCUAUUCAUAUAUCACCUCGAUUUUCUGAUGGUGUUAUUACAAGAAAUCAUAUUGAAUCCAUGACAUGGGGAGCAAAUGAAAAUGAAGGUCCUCUGUGUAUACAACCUGGUCAAGAAUUUGAAAUGAUUAUUUUAUGUGAUCAUUUGAAUUAUAAAAUUGCUAUAAAUGGCAGGCAUUUCGCAGAAUUUGCACAUCGGUUACCAUACCAGAAAGUUACGUAUUUAGUAAUCGAUGGUGAUGUUGAAGUAUCUAGCAUUAUCUAUGAAAAUGUACCGGUUGGAUCACCACAUUCCUCGCCACCUAUACCAGUUCCAUCUGCAGACUUUGGUCCUCCUCAACCAGGUGGUUUGUAUCCAAGUCUGGAUACAAAAUCAAUCCCAGGAGGAUAUGGUCCUCCACCUCCUGGUUAUGGUCCAUCAUCUUCUCCAUAUGGCCCUUCGAAUGGAAAUAAUCAGUCGAGCGAAGAAAAAGAUUCGUUUGGUGGUUUAUUCAGUAAUAUACCUUGGAGUGGAUUAGUUGCUGCAGGUAGUAUGGCUGCAAUGGAAUAUGCCAAUAGAAAGAAAGAAGAAGAACAACUUGGAAAAUUAGAUGCUUCCAAUGCAUCAACAAAGAGUGACAGUGGUUUAGGACUAUCAAGUACAUUUACUGCUUUAGCCACCAAUUUAGCAACCACUGCUUUACAAAGAAACUUACAUGCACAGCAAGGCUAUCCUUCUCAAGGAAGUGGCGGUGAUGUUCUUGGAUCUAUUCUUGGAGCAUUAGGUGGGGCUGGAGCACAACGACCAGCGUAUCAACCACCUCCACCUCCAUCCUCCAAUAAUGACCCAUUAACUGGAGCAUUAGGAUCUAUUCUUGGUGGAGUUCUUGGAGGUGGUGGAAAUCAUCAUCAACAACCAGCAUAUCAACCCUCAGGAGGCUAUGGUGGAUAUUCAGCACCAUAUGGAUCUCAGCAAGGAUCUGGUGGUUCAAGCUUCUUGUCCGGUAUAGGUUCUACACUUGGUACAUCAUUACUAAGUUCUGCUAUAGAUGGAUUAAGCAAACAUGGGAAAGGUAGAUCUCAUGAACAUUCUCCAAGUUAUGUAACACCAAAUGCACCAAUGCCUUCUGCGCACAUGAAUAGUCCUCCAAAAUCAGAGGGAAACAAAUUGUCAGCGGAUGAAAUAUCUAAAGGACUUGGCCUUGAAGAUUAAAUGCUUAUUUUUAUAGAAGAGGUGAACAAAAAUUAGUAAGAAAAGUGCCUCUACAUAAGAAAAAUUAUUGCAAAAAUUAUAUCAAAAUUAAUAUAUUGCUCUCUCUAUUUUAAAGAUCUGAAGUAUUAAGUUUUGCAUUUUAUAUACCUGCAAUUACAUUUGCAGUUUUUGUGUGGCUUAAAAAUAAAUCGUAAAUAUAUACAAAUAAUUGAAGAAAAAAACACGCGUAGAAGUCAAAAAAUAUGCUUUUAGCCUAUACAAACAUCACAUUAAAAUAACAAAAAUAUUAGAUGUUUACUGCCAAGUGUUUCGUUCGUUAAUGUUAUUAAUUGCUAUGACUUAACAAAUAUCCUAUAACAGAUGGUAAAGAGGGAAUGUGUGAUUAACAAAAUAUAAUAACAGAUUGUUGGAAACGAUCUAUGUAACUUCAUAUAUUUUCUGGUAUAAUUGCUAUCUUCGUUUUUCGUUUCGAAUGACUACGUUCUUCCAAUACGCGUGAUGCAACCAUCACAUUAUAUAUCUUAUUUUUGUUAUUCCCUAACUCUCUUCAACACAGGAUUUAAUCAACAGCACAAAUGAAUUUACCAAAUAUGUUGCUAUUUUUAUGACUUAUAUUUUUAUAAAGAAUUGAUGUUUUUAAAAUGAAUAUAUUCUAUCUUACACGUUGUACGAUUAUUUAAAAUGUUAUACACGUUGCUAUUUAUUGUACUUGUUUUGAAAAAUAAAUUAGAAGAAAUGAAAUAUA